AACUGAGAUAACUACGUGUCAAAAAUUGGAUAGUUUAAAUAUUUUUACAACAUAUUUGAUGUUAGACGUUCCCUUAAAGUCAUCUGAUCCAUUAGAUUUCGAGAUGUCCAGAAAAAGAACAAGAAGUCAUUCAGAAGAAAUGAAUUCCUCGCGUUCGCCCUUACAAUUACCACACUUGUCAUCGCAUUGUGGACCAGCGCUUUUUAGCGAUGAGUUGGAAGCCCAUAGGAUUAGAGAAGCAUGCGAUUAUGCUCAAAAAAUUACAUACGAAAUGGCGAAGUGCGGGAGAUCCCCUAGGCGAAUAAGAGUCUAUGCUGACGGUAUUUAUGAUUUGUUCCAUCAAGGCCACGCUAGGCAGCUAAUGCAGGCUAAAAACGUUUUUCCUAAUGUCUAUCUAAUUGUUGGCGUUUGCAGUGAUGAACUAACGCAUAGCCAAAAAGGUCGUACUGUUAUGAAUGAAGAAGAAAGAUAUGAAGCUCUCAGGCAUUGUCGUUAUGUCGACGAAAUUGUUAGGGACGCUCCCUGGGAAGUGACUGAAGAUUAUAUAAAAAAACACAAAAUCGACUUUAUCGCCCAUGAUGAUCUACCGUAUGGUUCAGAUAGCAGCAACGAUAUUUAUGCCCCUUGGAAAGCUAAAGGAAUAUUCGUAGCGACUGAAAGAACUGAAGGUGUGUCGACAUCAGAUAUUGUUGCACGAAUAGUAAGAGAUUACGAUAUAUAUGUAAGGAGAAACUUGGCGAGGGGAUAUUCUGCCAAAGAUUUAAAUAUUUCCUACCUCAGUGAAAAGAAAAUUAGGUUACAGAAUAAAAUGCACGACCUAAAAGAUAAAGGAAAAAGAGUUCUUGAUACCAUAGGUGAACGGAAGGGAGACAUAAUAGCUAAAUGGGAAGAAAAAUCUAGAGAAUUCAUCGAAAACUUUUUGCUUCUUUUUGGCCGUGAAAGAUUAACCAACAUUUGGAAUGAAAGCAAAGGAAAAAUUUUAAGUGCUUUAAGCCCGCCCGUAUCCCCGCAUCCACCAGCGAGUCCAACGUCCAGCGAAGGAGAGUUCGAUUUUUCAGAGGACGGUAUGCCCCCUCUCAAAUCACCACGAGUCGAAUCUCCUUCACCCCCUUCUUCAUCGUCCGCAUCGAGAAAUAAUUAUUAUAGUGUGGAGGAUUAUAGCGACGAGGAAGAAAUUUCAUUGCCAAUAAAAAAUGGAAAAUUAUAAUGUUGAACGGGUGUUUUAGUUGUUUGAAAUCGUUAGUGCUUGUUGAAUGUGAUGCUGUCUUGAUUUCUCAUUUUUACAAUAUAGUCUUUUUUG